AUGAACAAGAGAAAUAAAUCUAAAGACCCUAACAGAAGUUUUGACACGAUUAAUAAGCUAGAAGCCCUUGAGAAGCAAGCAAUGGUUGACGAUAUCUUUGUGAAAACACAUACGAUAUGAGAUAAGAUGAUUAAUGCGAGUAGAAAAAUUCAUAUUAACGCAUCCCCAAUAACAGAUAUACUAAAACAGCUAAACACUAAUAACAAAAGGUUGAUUAAAAAGACAAUACCUAGACACGCUAGGAAGACAUCUUUAAGGAACAACAGCGGCAGCGAUCAACUGGACCAAGAAGAAGAAAAAGGAGUUGAUGAACAUGCAAGCCCAGAAAGUCCUCAGUUGGUUAACUCGUUUACCGCACUUAAAGAAGCAACAAAGGGGACAGGAGAGGUUGUAGAGGAAGAGAAAUCAUCCGAGCAGAUUAGGUAUGAAAAAUGGCAGGAUAAAGAGCAUGAGAGAAAAUAAGCUGCAUGUCAUGUUGAUAAAUGAGACAAAUUCGUUCUCAACAUUUAAAAAGAGUGGAAAACUAAUGAAAAAUAAUAUUCCAAAAGAGAACGAAAAACUGGCAAAAUUUCUCAAAGAAAUUCAUCGUGAAAAGGGAAGAAAAUAGGGCUGAAAGACAUAGGAGAAAACUUGUUUUGGCUAACAAAUAAGUCUGUGCAAAAUAUGAUCUAUGAUUCUAGCAUAAUGAUAGCUCCGACAAUAGACAAUAAUUAUUCUAAUACUCUAAAGAGUACUUCUUCUAUGAUCGAUAAGAGUAAAUGCAAAUUUGUUAACUUUAAGAAACCUAGUAGAUCUCCUUUGCCUUCCCUCAAGGAACAGCUUACCCAGGUCUGUAAUCAGAACGAUUGGAGUAUGAAUCCACAUAUGGAGCAGAAGAUUGAGAAAAAGAAGUAUCAGAGGCUUUCUCCUCUUCCCACAAGUUUCAUAAGAAACAGAUUCUACAAUAUCAAGCCUAAGCUACUGCGUGAGCACAAAGAAUUCAAGUCAGAGAGCAGAACAGGGAUCAAAAACUACAAAGAAAAUUCAAUUUUCUCCAGUCAGAGUAGUCUAAAGAACACCUUAAGGAACUCUAAAAAGCAAGUAUUCCUAAUCUAAACUUGUAGCCUGAGCUACAAGAAGAUUAAGCCGUUCUCAGAGGAGAAGAAAGUGAAAACUUCAUUCUAUACUAAACUGAAAGAUCGCAUUCCUCUAAAGGCACA